CCGUCCGCCACCCGCCGGGUGAUCUUUCUCUCAGGGAAAGUGCACGAUCGGCCUCGCCGCAGCCUUUGAGCGCUGCCGUAAAGCCGACCUUUCCACUGUCGCGAUUCUGACGUGCGUCGCGCAAUCUAGUGCGCUGGGGCCAUGGCGGUCUUGCGGCCCGGAAGCGAAGCGAUUCGCUUGCAUCUCUGCCGUUCUUUCUCCGGCGGCGUUGGUCGGCUGGCCCGUGAACGCGGGACGGAGCCCAGGGAUGCUGCGUCCAGCCAGGUCUCAAGAUUCUGCCCUCCAAGACAGUCUUGCCAUGAUUGGAUAGGACCUCCAGAUAAACACUCAAACCUUCGUCCAGUUCAUUUUCAUAUUCCUGAAAACGAGUCCUCCUUGGAACAAAGACUUAGAGAAUUGAGACAAGAAACACAAGAAUGGAAUCAGCAGUUCUGGGCGAACCAGAAUUUGACCUUUAAUAAGGAAAAAGAAGAAUUCAUUUAUUCAAGACUUCAAGCUAAAGGCUCAGGCCUGCAAACCAAGUCAGGCCAAAGAACAGCACUGGACGCAGAGGAAAUGGCUGACUUUUAUAAGGAGUUUCUAAGUAAGAAUUUCCAGAAGCACAUGCGUUACAACCGAGACUGGUACAAGCGUAAUUUUGCCAUCACGUUCUUCAUGGGGAAAGUGGCCCUGGAGAAGAUAUGGAACAAGCUGAGACAGAAGCCAAAGAAGAUGAGCACUUAGGAGCCUACCUGGACCUGACCCCAGCAUCCAGGCUCCAUUUAUAACGGCUGUGGAAGCCGUGUGGGAGCACAAGUCUCACACUUGACCCAUGUGCAGGCCUUUGCUGGCUGCAUCCCCAGCUGGCUUGUUCUUGUUGGUAUGCUGUGUGUUUAUUGUCUGUGUCCUGACUUGUACCGAUUCAGAAUACGCAGUGUCAAAACAUGAAUAAAGCUUCACUGAAACGCUUAGAGCACUGCAGGUUGGGGUGAUCUUCAGCUGCUGUGGUGGUCCUGGGAGCCGCCGAUCCAAGCCCUGACACAGUAACGUCAGACACAAGCAGAUGCGGCGUCUUCGUGGGAAGACUGGUGACCACAGAGUGAUAGCAUCAUUUUACGGUGAGGUGACCCCUCAGCAGCCACCAUCACCGUGGUUAGAACAUGGAGACGUGUGUGGUGACUGUGGACUGGUGUGGCCUCUCCUGUUGAGUGUCUCCCAAAGGCUCAGAUGCUGAAGACUUAGUUCCAGCCGCUGGCAGUAUGGGGAGGCGGGGGAACCUGUUGGAGCCUAUGGAGGUAGUUCUCAAAGGGCAUUCUCUCAGAGGGGCUAGGAGGAGUCCAGCCCCUUUCUCUCUCUGCUUCUGGGCUGCCACAAAGUAAGCAGCCUCCUUCUGCCGCCACAGAUGGUACCUCUCCAGCAGCACAAAGGCAAUGGGGCCGAGGGGCCUGAGCUGAGGCCUCUGGAACUGUGAGACUGUUUCCUUUCCUCCUCUGCCUCGGUGUCUCCAGAAGUUUGCCAGCAGCAAGAAGCACAUGUUGUCGCCCUGUGUGCUGUUACUGACGGGCCCUGCCAAACCUGUGCGGAUCCCUCAUCACAGUGCUCUGAUCAUCUGUCCCGGAACUGUCACCCUGGGACAGGGACAUCGCCACUGUUGAACAGGAGGGCUCUGCCCUUCAGUUGGUGGCUCAGUGACUAGUCCAGUGAGGACAGCGUUGUCCUCAGGGGUCCGAGAACCAAGCUUCUUGUUUCAGGGAAGAGAAAAUAAAGCAAGCUUUAGUCAGUUGGGGCAGGUAGCAUUAGAGACAGGGACCUUUGGAAACGGUCCCUACUGCUGAAGGCCAGGGACUACACCACUUGCCUUAGUAUCAUGUCAACAGCCACCUCUGGAGAAGCUGCUGGCUUCAUGUAGAUGGGCAGGGCCUUAACAGGUCUUCACCUGGUUAUGGUGACUACAAUCACAGUCUCAGCAAAAGGGGACAGGGACUUGAGACUCAUUUCCCCAGGUCCCCAGGUUGAAGGCCAAAGCUAUUCCUCCUUUUUAUAGUUGUGUGUGUGGUUCUCUAUUUUGUGCGUGUGUGUGCGUGCGUGUGUGUGCGUGUGCACGUGUGUGCGUGUGUGUGUGCGCGUGUGUGUGCGUGUGUGUGUGUGUGUGUGUGUGUGGUCAAAGGACAGUUUUCAGGAGCUGCUCUCCUCUUCCACCAGUGCACCGGACUGAGGAUGCUGCUGUCUUUGAAGAGUGUCUUCCCAUGAUCCAGACAGGAAGUCUAAGCUUAUCUCUUACCAGGGCCGGCAGAUGGCCUCUCUGCCUGGCCUCUUACCUCUGGGGUGGACCUUUUGGUGACAUUAGGCACAAAGCUUAGAAACAGCCACUUUCACAGAGGACCAAGGUUGGUAUGAAGACGUCUCUCAGGGCCUUGAUCUGAGGGUUGACCUUAGAGCAGUGAGCAGCUCCUUGGUCCCCAGCUGCUGGCACUAUUUUGGGAGGUUCUGGAAUCUUUGGAAGAUGAGGCCGGAAGUAGGUCACUGAGGAUGGAUCCUUGGAGGGGUGUUGUGUAUGACAGUCACUCUGGUCUCACUCUGCUUUCUGGUCACAUGGUGUACACUUCCCUGCAGUGCCCUGUCCUCCCCCACAUGGUGUGAACCCUCUGAAAGCCUGAGCCAGAAUAAAUCUUUUCUCACCAAAGUUGUUUGUAUCAGGUGUUCUCACAGCUGUGUGAGAGGAGGGGCACAGGAGCGGAGCAGACACAAACGCGCGCUCUUCCUCAGGCCAAGGCCUGGCUGGCUUUGUGAGGAAAGUUGUCAGCAGAGAAGCAGCCCAGGGACUGUGGAUCAGGGACUGUGGGAGUCUUCUAGUCUGCCCCUGUGGUCCCCUGAGACUGUGCUGUUGUGGGCCUGUGACAGUGCUCCGGGGUUAGCAGGACCGUCCUGUGUGAGGUCUGUCUCAGAAGCCUGUCUGCCGUCCCAUGUGUCAGAACUUCACCUUGACCCCAGUGAGAGCUCCCAGUAUUGUGAUAAGAAACGCUAUGCUUUUGUUUUUCCUUUUCUUCCCGAGACAGGGUUUCUCUGUGUGACUGCCCUGGCUGUCCUGGAACUGGUGUUAUAGACCAGGCUGGCCCAUAACUCACAAAGAGUCUUUUGCCUCUGCCUCCUGAGAUUACAAAUACUUGCAAAU